AUGACCGCCUUAAGGAACCCUAAGGACCAUCCGCCAGAUCCAACGAUUAUGCGUGCAUGGCCACAUUCGAUUGAUCAGGAACCUACCAAAGGGAUUGUGUUGGAAGGGUGUUUGGCUUCUAAGUUGGGUGAGAAUCCCAACAAAAGCACCGAGAUGGAGAUGGCGAGUUCUUCGGAUGAAGAGAUGGAUGAAGAGAUCCAUAUAGAGCCACAGGGUUACAAGAUGGUCUCGGCAGAAGAAGCGAAUGGGCACUCAGGGGGGAUUUGGGUACUUGUGAAGAAAGGGAUAGAAGAUAUUGUGGAAUGUGUAGACACCAUGCCUCAGUGUGUUACUCUGAAGCUCUCUCGUGGAAAACAAAGAGGUGGGGUCUUCUCAAAAGUUCGUGCAUCUUUGUUUGCUGAGGGCUUAAAUGCUUGCAAUCUUCUUGAUCUUGAGUUCUUUGUGUCACGUGAACGUCAAGAGAGACCCUUUCGCUUCCAAGCGGCUUGGUGCACUCAUGAAGAGUAUGGACGAGUAGUUCAGCGUGCUUGGCGCAAAGGAGAAUGGUGUACUCAUGAUAGCACACUCCAAUGGGAAGCUAUCACGUUCUUCAAGGCUCUAUUUUGUUCUAAAGACACUACUAGUUUUGUGGCCACGGCCUGGAGUUCAGGAGGUCUUCCUUCAGAGGCUCAUAUGCAUCUUCUCGCCCCAAUUACCAAAGAAGAGGUGUAUCAGGCUCUUCUAAGCAUGAAAUCGUACAAGGCCCCAGGACCUGAUGGCUUUCAACCUAUAUUCUUUAAAAUGUAUUGGGAGGAUGUAGGUGAUAUGGUGUGGAGUUUUUUCGCAAAGGCUUUUUCCACUGGCAACUUUCCAGCCAGUGUCUCUGACACCUUAUUGGUUCUCAUUCCUAAAGGCGAGAGUCAACGCACUUUCAAAGACUUUCGCCCGAUCAGCCUUUGCAAUGUAAUUUACAAACUAGUGUCUAAGGUCCUAGUGAGUAGAUUACGCCCCUACUUAGACUCCAUUAUUCAUCCAUGGCAGAGUAGCUUUAUUCCAGGAAGAAGCACAAAAGAUAAUGCUAUAGUUCUUCAAGAGGUUGUUCAUCACAUGCACAAAUCAAAGAGCAAAACUGGUGACUUCCUACUCAAGCUUGACUUGGAGAAAGCUUAUGAUAGGCUUGACUGGGAUUUCCUUGAACAAACCCUCAAGUUAUAUGGGUUUCCGGAACGAAUUGUUUCACUAAUCAUGCAUGGCAUUACCUCUACUAGUUUGUCUCUACUUUGGAAUGGCAACAAAUUGGAUGGGUUCAAACCUAUCAGAGGACUUUGCCAAGGCGACCCUUUCUCACCCUAUCUCUUCGUUCUUUGUAUGGAGUGCCUUGGCAUUAUGAUUCAGCAAGAAGUGGAAGAGGGCACUUGGAAACCCAUCCAAUUAACUAGACAUGGCCCAAAAUUGUCCCAUAUCUUUUUUGCAGAUGAUGUCUUGCUGUUUGCUAAAGCAGAAAAAGAGCAGGCUAUCACUAUCAAUAGAAUUAGCAUUCAAAAAUCCCAAGCAUUGGCUUCGAAAGGUGUGACAAGUCAACGAAAGGAAACAAUUACCACUGUUACUCAAAUCCGUUUUACCUCUAGGAUUGAAAAUUACCUGGGGUUUCCUACGUUUCAAGGUCGAAUCCAUCGCCGAGAUUUUAUGGCACUUAUUGAAAGGGUGAACUCAAAGUUGACUGGCUGGAAGAGUGCAUUGUUAAACAAGGCAGGCAGGGUUACUCUCGCCAAUUCAAUUCUCACGGCAUUACCUUCCUAUGGCAUGCAAUUAUACUGGUAUCCUCAAUACAUUUGUGAUUUUAUUGACAAGUCAGUCCGUUCUUUUAUUUGGCAUAGUAGGGAAGACUCACUCUUCUUAUCCAAGAAGAAGUUAGGUUCACCAACUUGGAGGGCCAUCAUUCAGGCGUUGGCUCUUUUGGAAGAUGGUCUAGUUCUCAAGUUGGGCAAUGGAGAGAUCGAUGUUUGGCAGGAUGUAUGGGUGGGUAAGGAACCACUAGCGACGUCUGUCCCGUGGGUGGAUAUUCACGAUUCUGGGUUGCGAGUCAAAGAUAUUUGGGAUGGCACCUCAUGGCGGCUGGACCAGCUUUACACACAUUUUUCUGAGACUUUUCGUCUCAAGAUAUCUUGUUUAACUCCGCAUCUUGUCGUAGGUGUGCCAGACUUGUGGACUUGGGCACCUGAUAUCUUUGGGAAGUACACGGUACGAUCAGCUUACAGGUGGCUAAUAGAGGAUCAUGGGUUGGAAACCUCUGCAGGUUGGAAUUGGAUUUGGAAGUUGUCACUUCCAGCUAGUUUGUGUUUCUUUCUUUGGCAGAGUUGUCAUCUGGCUCUACCUAUUAAGGAGGUUCUUUGUCAACGUGGCAUCUUGGCUUCCAAUACCUGCCCUAAGUGUAACUCUGCCGUUGAAAGCUUUGAGCAUUGUUUCUUUACUUGUCCAAUGGUGCAGGAGGUGUGGAAGCGAUCUGGUUGCAAUUUCUCAACACCUACUCUUGAUGAGACACAUCGUAGUUGGCUUGAGAAGCGGGUGCAGACGCAUGGAGCUCUGUUUAUAAUUAUCAUGUGGUUCAUCUGGUGCCACAGGAACAGACUCAUCUUUGAUCAGGUGGAUUGGAACUUAACAUCUAUUCUAGCUCAAGUAAAUGCUUUACUUCAAAUCUCUGUUUCUGCUUUUACGAGUAUUGACUGCUCGCAUCGACCUCUACCCCGUUUGGUGCAUUGGAUUCACCCCCCACUGGAUUCAGUGGCUCUGAAUGUGGAUGGGAGUAGGAUUGGCACGCUUGGUAGAGGGGGCUUUGGUGGCUUGUGUCGGAACCAUGAAGGACAGUUCCUCUUUGGCUUUUAUGGCUUUUUGGGGGAGGUUUCUGUUCUUCAAACAGUGAUCUUAGCUCUUCUCUACGGUCUUCGUCUUUGUUGGGAUAAAUGGUUUCGAAAGAUUAUUUGUUAUUCAGACUCUACUUUGGUGGUAUCUCUCUUACAGGGACCUAUUCCAAUGUUUCAUCGCUACGAAAAUCAGCUCAUGGAGAUUCAUCAGUUGCUCAAUUGUGACUGGACUUGCACUGUUGUUCACACUUUACGUGAGGGUAAUAGUUGCGCAGAUGCUUUUGGCUCGAAUGGGAGCUUUAGGAAAUGA